AUGAACGGGGCCAACCAGUCUCGCGUCUCUGAGUUCCUCCUCCUGGGUCUCUCCAGGCAGCCCCAGCAGCAGCAGCUCCUCUUUCUGCUCUUCCUGAUCAUGUAUGUGGCCACUGUCCUGGGGAACCUGCUCAUCGUCCUGGCCAUCAGCGCAGACUCCUGCCUGCACACCCCAAUGUACUUCUUCCUCAGCACCCUGUCCUUCACGGACAUCUGCUUCUCCUCCACCACCGUCCCCAAGAUGUUGGCCAACCACAUACUCGGGAUUCAGACCAUCUCCUUCCCUGGGUGUCUCACGCAGAUGUAUUUUCUCUUUGAGUUUACCGACAUGGACAAUUUCUUUCUGGCUGUGAUGGCCUAUGACCGCUUUGUGGCUCUGUGCCACCCCUUACACUACUCAACAGAGAUGACCCAUCAGCUCUGUGUCCUGCUGGUCAUUGGAUCGUGGGUCACAGCCAACCUGAAUGUCCUAUUGCAUACCCUGUUGAUGGCACAACUUGUGUUCUGUGCAGACAAUGUCAUCCCCCACUUUUUCUGUGAUAUUACCCCGCUACUGAAACUCUCCUGCUCCGACACACACCUCAAUGAGAUGAUGAUUCUCACUGAGGGCGCCCUGAUGAUGGUCACCCCAUCUGUUUGCAUCCUGACUUCAUAUAUCCAUAUCACUGAUGCCGUUCUGAGAGUCCCAUCCACAGACGGAAAAUGGAAAGCCUUCUCCACCUGUGGCUCCCACCUCGCUGUGGUGUCCCUCUUCUAUGGCACCAUCUUCGCUGUGUAUUUCAGCCCUUCAUCCUCCCACUCGGCUGAGAAGGACACGGUGGCUACCGUGUUGUACACAGUGGUGACGCCCAUGCUGAACCCUUUCAUCUACAGCCUGAGGAACAGGGCCCUGAAAGGGGCUCUAAGAAAAGUGACGGGCAGGAAGACAUGUUCUUACUGA